AGACAUAUCAAUAUUUCUAAAUGUUUAAUUUGAACAAGAAGAUUGCUGGCUUGCUCUCAGCAAACAAUGGAGUUUUUGAAGAUUCAUGCAGUGAAAGAAGAAACAGCCAAUGGCUUCAGAAUCCGUGGUCCCAGAGCAGGGAAAACAAAAUCUGGUAAAGGGAAAAAGGCGGCAGCAGCAGCAGCAAACUAGGUCUUCCAACAAUGAUGGUGAAGAUGACAUCUUUGUAUUUGAAGCAAAUGAGGCUUGGAAGGAUUUUCACAGCUCUCUUCUUCACUUCUUUGAAGCUGGAGAGCUCUGCGAUGUUACACUGAAGGUUGGUUCAAAAUUUAUCUCCUGCCACAAACUGGUGCUAGCUUGUGUUAUACCUUACUUCAGAGCCAUGUUCCUUUCAGAAAUGGCUGAAGCCAAGCAGACAGUGAUCGAGAUCAGGGACUUUGAUGGCGAUGCAAUAGAAGACCUAGUGAAGUUUGUGUACUCCUCCCGACUUACUCUGACGGUGGAUAACGUCCAGUCUCUCCUGUACGCUGCUUGCAUUCUGCAGGUGGAACUGGUAGCAAAGGCGUGCUGUGAAUACAUGAAGCUGCACUUCCAUCCCUCCAACUGCCUGGCAGUCAGGGCAUUUGCAGAAAGCCACAACCGCAUUGACUUGAUGGAAAUGGCAGAUCAGUACGCUUGCCAACAUUUCACAGAGGUGGUGGAGUGCGAAGACUUUGUCAGUGUGUCACCACAGCACCUUCAUAAGCUCCUGUCCUCCAGUGACCUGAAUAUUGAAAAUGAAAAGCAAGUAUACAAUGCUGCUAUCAAGUGGCUGCUAGCCAAUCCACAGCAUCAUGCUACAUGGCUGGAUGUAAUACUUGCCCAGGUACGGCUGCCUCUCUUGCCCAUUUGUUUCCUUAUGGGUGUUGUGGCAAAGGAAGAGAUUGUCAAGCAGAAUCUAAAAUGUAGGGAUUUGCUGGAUGAAGCAAGAAACUACCACCUUCGCCUGAGCAGCAGGGCAGUGCCAGACUUUGAGUACUCCAUUCGCACAACACCAAGGAAGCAGACUGCUGGUGUGUUGUUCUGUGUUGGUGGCAGAGGUGGAUCAGGCGACCCAUUUCGCAGCAUUGAAUGCUACUCUGUCAGUAAGAACAGCUGGUUCUUCGGCCCCGAAAUGAACAGCAGGAGAAGGCAUGUGGGUGUGAUCUCUGUGGGAGGUAAAGUCUAUGCAGUAGGUGGACAUGAUGGAAAUGAACACUUGGGAAGCAUGGAAGUAUUCGAUCCUCUCACAAACAAAUGGAUGAUGAAGGCAUCAAUGAACACGAAGAGGAGAGGAAUCGCACUUGCCUCUCUGGUUGGCCCCAUUUACGCAAUAGGAGGUUUGGAUGACAACACUUGCUUCAGUGAUGUGGAAAGAUACGACAUUGAUUCCGAUUGCUGGAGUGCAGUUGCCCCAAUGAACACUCCCAGGGGAGGAGUUGGCUCUGUAGCCCUUGUGAACCAUGUUUAUGCUGUGGGCGGCAAUGAUGGCGUAGCAUCUCUUUCCAGUGUGGAGAAAUAUGAUCCCCAUUUGGAUAAGUGGAUAGAAGUGAAAGAAAUGGGUCAGCGAAGAGCUGGCAAUGGGGUCAGUGAGCUCCAUGGCUGCCUGUACGUUGUCGGUGGCUUUGAUGACAACUCUCCCCUGAGCUCAGUGGAGCGGUUCGACCCACGCAGUAACAAAUGGGAAUAUGUAGCAGAGCUUACAACUCCGAGGGGUGGUGUUGGCAUAGCGACACUGAUGGGUAAAAUCUUUGCAGUUGGAGGUCAUAAUGGCAACGUGUACCUGAAUACAGUGGAGGCAUUUGAUCCCAUAGUGAAUAGGUGGGAACUCGUCGGCUCCGUGUCGCACUGCAGGGCAGGGGCCGGCGUGGCUGUGUGCUCUUGUUUCAGCAGCCAGAUCCGGGACGUGGGCCAGGGAUCCAGCAACGUUGUUGACUGCAUGUGAGCUCUGCUGCUUCCUCCGAAUUCCAGAGGAAUGCGAGCAGGGAGGCACUGCAGAGCUUUUAAACACCGUGUUUUGUAUGGUAGCUUAAGAAAUAAAACCAAUACAUUCUUGUUGUGAAAAUGUUACCUUCUGCAACUGUAAAGCUUUUGGUGGCUGUCUGCCAACAGUGAUACAGAAAAGCCUGUGAAAACAUAGGAUACAAGAGUGACUCACAGGAGAGAACUUGCAAAGAGCUGCAAUCAUUUGUUUUUGAGAGGCUCUAAUUUUAGAAUCAUUUGAGGCAGCUGCUGCAGGAACUCUGUAAUUGUAAACCAGGCAUGGGGUGAGUGAGGAGAGAGGGCAGCAGGUAGUACUGCUGAGCCUUACCCAACAGCCCUGCCAAAUGUUUUCUGAAGGACUUAAGUAACAUUUAAUAGAACCUAUUUUCAGGAAUAUAGUCUUAAACAUUUCCUAAUUACAAGAUCUUUGUAAUACAAAGCAUCUCAAAUUUUGGAAGGUAACGACAUCCCUAUUACACACUAAAGUAACUGCCCACCUUCCAAGGGGCCGCUGGCAACAAUGGAAAUUGCAUCUUUUCCAUCUGAAACCUGUAUUUCCAAGUACUUUCUCAAGCUAAUACAUUUGCUGGAAAGCUGAAAAGAUCCUUGACCUGAGUUUAGCCAUGGGAGUACUGGAAUUCACAAGUCUUCAAUCAAAUUUGUAGUAACUCCUGCCCCUCCCCACCCAAGGCAAGUUUCUGUUUAGAUAUCAUUCCUGAAGUAAGCAGUGUAAUUUGUCUUAAUAGGCCUCAGUGGUGUCUGAAUCACAAUUUUUAAACAAUUGGAAACACCUAUUAAAAGUUGCAGUAUUCUGUUAAGACCUUUAAAUACAACCCCAGGCAGUGAGAUGUCCAGUUUCAGUAUCCAGUAAUUGUAACUCUAAAGGUACUGGCUCUUUUAAGGGAGUUAGAUCAGGAAGCUUAGCAUCAAAACAGGUAGAUGACUUAAAGCUUACAUAAACCAAAGACAAUAAUCGACAAAAAGAACUGGAAAUAAACCAGUACUUAUAUAAAAAUUUUAAGUAGAAACUCAGCAGUCCUGUGUACAAAGGUGUCUUGCAUGAAGCCAGAAAUCCUGCAUUCUGAGUGAAGUACACCUGGAAAGACAGCAGAUUCCUGUUCCUGCAACACCUUGAACAGAACAAUUGACAAUCCUUUGUGACCAAACUUUCACCUUACCAGCUUGUUCCAAGUGACCAGGAAGAGCAGCAGACUCCUCUGCAUUCAGUACCAUGACAGAGGCAGGACAUCAAGAGUGUAAGGCACAGGCAUGUUUUGCUGUUCAGUUACUGUCAUUCAGCUUUUCUGUUUCAUGUGGCUUGCACUUGGGUAGCACCCAGGGACAAAGCGAACGGUACUGUGAAUAAUGAACCAUUGCAAUAAAUGUUUGUACUUCAAAGCA